CGAUCUUUUGUCCAUCACUUUGACCUGACCUCAGUAAAAUACAACAUGUUCUUCUUCAGCUUCCUACUCUUCUUCCUCCAAUGCGUAUACGCAGCUCCUGGACGUCGGCGGUCGGAUCUUUCCGAAGGUUGCAGCACGGAAGUUCCAGAGUCCUUUGCGAAUAUCCUCAAACGGUCGAAGACAGUUGACUCCGUUCGGAGGGACAAUCAUGCAUUGUUUCCGCGGGGUAACGGGACCAAUGAGACCAUAACCAUCGACGUCUAUUUCCACGUCCUAGCCGACGGUGCUGCCGAGGAGAAGGGGAAUUAUCGCGAUGACGUCUACAAGAAGCAGCUCGCCCAGCUCAACAACGACUUCAACCCAUACGGCUUCCGAUUCAAUUUGAAAGAAAUUGAUCGUUGGCUCCUGCCAUACCCCUACCUUACCCCUAACGCAGACUAUAGUAUCAAAAGACAGCUGCGAAAGGGAGGCUGGAGCACACUGAACAUCUACACUGUCCACAUUGGCAAUGGAACCAUCGGCACAUCUACCAUGCCCCAUGAUACCGACAAGCACCCCGUCGGCUCCGUUGAAUGCUACCUAGACGGCGUCGUCAUCUCCAAUGAAGCAUUGCCCGGCAUUGACCCCAAUGGGGACCGUAGCCAAGGCAAGACGGCGACGCACGGAGUGGGCCACUGGCUCGGGCUGGAGCAUACGUACUCCCACGGUUGUGAUGGAGAAGGCGAUGGCAUUGACGAUACGCCUUCGAUGAGACUUCUCUCCAAUGGUGGGUGUGCCGUAGGGGCUGAUACGUGCCCUGGAGAGCAUGGUCUCGAUCCGGUGAGGAACUUCAUGAGUUUCUCCGAGGAUGAGUGCUUGAACGAGUUUACGAAGGGGCAGGUGGAGAGGAUGAAGUGGACUUGGGAGACGUUUCGGAAGGGCCGUUAGUAUGGACGAGUACUGAUCUGCAUGAUUCGAUAUGGAGUUCUAGAUUACGUGGGAGAUCUUGAGAUCCUGGUGAUGUUCGUUAAGCUGUUUUUGUUG